AUGGCUAAAUUUGUACUUGCGGGUAAAACUGACUGUCCACAUUUCGCCAAAGCAGAAUUAUUAGCAGAUAAACUGCAGAAAUGUCUGCCAAACUUCAGGAUACACAAGAUAGCUAUCCUCCCAGACCAAUGGAAGGGAUGGCUUGAGGACAUUUGCAAAAGAAAUGGCUGGAAACACGAGCGGUCUCCUUUGGUUUGGAGGGAGCUGGUGUACCAAGGGGGGGGAGGGAUGCUCCUGGGGGGCUUUAGUGACUUCAUGGAGCAUUGUCAGGACUACUAUAACAUCACCUCGGACAUGCCGUCAGAGCUCAUGCUGAGUGUUGCAGCAGAGAAUCAUGAAACCAGGAUGGAUCUGAUCGUAGAGGAGCAGCACCGAGCCGGUCUUAUCAAACCUCUUCACAUAUGGAUCUGCAGUGCUCUCCACCCAACCUGCUGCUUCCUGAUUCCCCACCUGCUCUCUGCUGAAGUCUUCCCACAUAAUUCUGCCAUCAGCCUCCACCUGCUGCACCUGGAGAGGGAGGAGGAGUUAGAGGAGCUGAAGAUGGUGACAGAAGACCUGGAUCUCCCUCUGCUCCAUCAAGUGACGAUCCACACAGACCUGACAGAGGCUUUCAAAGAGGCAGACGUCAUCGUGAUGCUGGAGGAGAGCUGCUCUGAGGAAGAGAAGAAGAAAGAGUUCAUCACAAAGACGUAUAAAGAGUACGGACAGCUCAUAGACACAAGAGCCGACAAGGACGUGAAGGUGAUUGUUUCUGGUGACUCAUUCGUCAACCUGAGAUGCUCGCUCCUUUUGGAGAACGCACGCUCCAUCAACGGCAGCCAGUUUGUUGCCAUGGCAGCUCACCUAGGGAACGAAGCCAGGGCGACCAUUGCAAAGAAGCUGGAAGUGACGACUGCAGAUGUUACAGAUGUCAUAGUGUGGGGAAACAUCAGUGGUAGUUUCUACAUCGACCUGCAGAGGGCGCAGGUUUUCAACUACAAGGGAGCGAUCAGAGGACCGGCAUCCUUUUCAAAACCAGCGCUCAAGAUUCUCCACAGCAGGAAAUGGAUCGAGACAGACUUGCAGGACUCGGUGCGCCGUCAGCGUGCAGCUGUGGUUUCAAAAACCUGCAGGACAGCUGCCAUGACAGACGCCAGCGGGAUCCUGUCAGUGCUCAGGGCCUGGAACGGGGACUGUGGGGCAGAGAUCUUCUCUCUGGGGGUCGUUUGUAAAGAUGACUACAACCUUCCAGACGGCGUCGUCCUCUCAGUCCCGGUAACCUUCAAAGAUGGUAAAUGGUCUGUGCUGUUUGACGUCACUGUUGGAGACGAGUUAAAGGAGAAACUGCAGCGUUUUACCAGGGAGCUACAGCAGGAGAAAGAACUUGCUGAAGAUGAAGAAAGUCACAGCUGAUGAGGAAAAAAUGCAAAAAUCCUGCAAAAACAUGGGAAUGCUCAAAAUGUGGACAACAGUUAGGGUCGAGCAAAUGAAGAACAAGAAACACUGAAAUGUUUGUUUAACUUUCAUUCUUCAUAUUUGGACUCUGAACAAUUUUCCAAACAAUUCUCUCAGUUUUUCAGCUACCACAUUUGUCUUUUUCUCCCCAGUGUUGAACUUUAUAUGUUGAAAUUCAAGCUUUUUUUUAAUAUAGACAUUUCAACUUUCAUUUUCCACAUUUGGACUCUGGACAUUUUGACAUUUGACCCAACAUUUUUUUCAACAUUUCACCGUUCUUAUCUCAAUAUUACCUGCAACAUUUUAUUUAUCUUUUUUAAUCUUUUAUUUGAACUUUCUAUUCUUAACAUUCUGGCUUUUCCCAUUAACAUCUCAACUUUCUAUUCUGAAUAUUUCUGCUUUUUUCUCUUCACCUUUUCAAGUUUAAUUCUCCUCAAGACUCAACAUUUUAAAAAUGUUCAGCUUUCUCUUCUCAACACUGAAGAAACUUCAGACAUUUUUCUCGACAUUUCUUUUUUCUUAUCUCAGAUGUUUUGUUUUUCUCAACAUUUUAACUUUUUAUUUUGAAGGCUUUAGCUUUUUUUCCCUCAAAAUUUAAAUGAUCUACUCUCAACAUUGGGACUCAGGACAUUCUGAGAUUUUUCUUAACAUUUUAACUUUCUUCACACAUUUUGGCUUUUUUCUUUAGAUUCUGACUUUCAUUCUCGACAUCUUUAAUCUGGACAUUUUGACUACUUCCUCCAAAUUUCAUCUUUCUUUUAUUAGCUUUUUUCUUUCAACAUUUCAAACUUCGAUUUCUACAUGUUUUUAGCCUUAACAUUUUGACUUUUUGAAAACAUUUAAUCUUUUUUUUACUCUAAUCCUGUCAUUUUGAGCCUGUUUUUGACAUUUAGACAUUUUAAGUUAUCGCAAGAAUUCGACUUUUUUCCUCCACAUUUUAAGUUUUAUCCUCCUGAGACCUGAUCUUUAGUUUCUAAUGCAUUUUUAGUUUCUACUCUUUCUUGUGAUUGAUAGGGCCUAGUAAGUUUAAAACCUAAGUCUUGAUUGAAUGGGAAGUAUUUUUUACCAAAAGAUUAAAUCUGCUUAUGAGUACAGGCUUAUCUCAAUGAACAACCCGCACAAAUAUAGAUAUUUAAAAUAUUCUGUAUUUUUACACAUUUGAGUUUGUGUCAUCGGGUCGUUAGCUUUUCUAACGACUGGCUAUAAAUUAAAAAUUUAAAUUUCAACUAAAAGUUUGGAGAUCCUGGAAAAUUCCCCUUUAGAAUAAUGAGAUUCCCAAAAAAUAAAAAAUCCCACUAAAUUCCUGGAAAUGUCUAAGUCACUACCAAGGAUUUCUGUGAAAGUCCCAAAAUUCCUUUCACCAAAAAAAUCCCUGAAAAUGUCCAAGCAAAUACCUGAAAAUGUCCACGCAAAUUCCUGAAAAUUUCAAAGCAAAUUCCUGAAAAUUUCAAAGCAAAUUCCUGAAAAUUUCAAAGCAAGUUCUCCAAAGAUUCCAAGCAAAGGAAUCAAAGUUUUAUGGAAUUUCGGGGCAAUAAUCUCUUAAAUUCUAAUAGCAAAAUUAUUUCUAAGUUUUAAGAAAGUCAACAUGCUACAGUGUCCUCACAAGUGCACGCAGGGUCUCAGGAGGUUAUUAUCGACAUUGUGACUCUGAACAUUUGGACUUUUUUUCUGACAUUUUAUCAACAUUUCCAGGUUUCAUCUCCCUGUUCAACAUAUUUUAAUUUAAUUUUCCCAUCAUUUCUAAUCGCACAUUUUGACAUUUCUCUCAACAUUUUAACUUCUUGACAUUUUACUGUUACUUGAUCAUUUUGGUCUCUUUUGACAUUUAAACUUUUUCAGCAUUCUGUCUUUUGUCGUUGCAUUUCAAGUCUAUGGUGAGGCGUUUGAGGUUCAUCUGUUGCAGACCUUGACCGUGGGUGGGGAGUGACGUACCAACCCUUGUUGGGUUUUUCCUUAGUUUGUGAGGUUUUAUUUUUCAUUUUAUUCCCCUACCCCUGACCCUAAUGCUCUUUGGGUUUCCUCACUUUGCAGCGUGUUGAAUUAAAAUUUAUCCCAGUCAGUAAAUAAACACCGUCAGUACGUCAUUCUGGUCCCAGCUUUGGUAAUUUACAUCAUGUACAUCAUUUCCCGGCCCAUGCUUGAGGUCGCCUAAACAUUCCUGCACAAUAUUCUGAAAAUUUCUAGAUUCCUUUUUUUCAAUGCAUUCCAACUUUGUUUUCUCAACAUUUACUCUUUUUUUCCUGACAUGCUGACUUUUUAUUUUCUACUUUUCGGCUUAAAAUGAACAAAAUAAAGAAAAUCCUCCAUCUGACUUUUCCUCCGUCAUUCCUGACCCUCAGCCUCUGAAACAGUCUGAAGUUGUUAAAAUGAUAUAUUUCAGAUAUAUUUGAGUGCCACACCUGGAGUUUGUUUCAGUUUGUUCUUUUAUUCUCUUUCUUUCACAUGUGGAGUUGCAGUUUUAUUUCACCGGUUUAAUGACAACAAAUCUCCUCCUGCUCUGUGAAACUCGUCCAAAUGCCGUUAGAUUUUCAAAGAUGUAAAAGAUCAAACCGAGUACUUUAUGGAAAAAGGAGAAAUUAGAAAAUAUAUUCCUUUUUUAAAAUUGUACAGUUCAGUAAGUGCCUUUUUAUAUAGUUCAAGAAGCAAUAUUUGUAAGCAUAUAUCACACGACUACCAUACACAAACUAGUCUGUUAAUAUCCUUCUCUAAAUCACCCGUUUCUGUUUAAAACAGGCGACAUGUCACGGCUCCUACUCCCCCAGUUUGUUCUUGAAUAUUACACAAACUGAAUGUAAUGGGCUCUUUUAACCAGAAACAUUCAAAUUUUCUCACAAAUUGUGCAGAACGUUGUCAGUCGACAAGGAGAACUUGAACAGGGUGCUGUUUUUACAUGCAGAAUAUACAUGUUUCUACACUAUACACAAGGAGGCAUUGACUGAAAAAUAAAGGGAGGGUUAGUACAAACACAACGCACUACGACGAGUCGGGGAACAGAUUCUGCGAUGCUAUGUUCAGUUUGUACAGCCCACCCCUGAGAUUUGGAUGCUGAGUGGUUUAAAAAAGCAAGAAUGGCCUCUUUACAGUCUUUUUGUUUUCAACAAAUUAUCAGCAGUCAAAUUAAUCAUUAGUCUCCCAAAUAAAGAGGAAAAUAUCUGCCCUGGUAGAAAGAACACUUUGGAGACUGACCUCACGUACUGAUGACGGUAGAUACAUGCGUGAUGCACGGCAUGCAUGGACUUUCUGUGGCACAAAUGAAGCUGUUUGUUCAUUUACAUAACCAAGAGAUGUCUGUACAUUUAUGGAGCUUUUUCCCUGUGUAGUACCGGCUCGACUCUUUAGUUUUCCCCACUUAAGGAUCGCACCUGGUACUGUUUUUGGUAUCACUUCUGGCGAGUUAAAACUAAAGCCCACUUCAGACCAAAGACUUGAUAUGCAGCGGGAAUGCUGUAGAGAGUUAUGGGGACAGAUGUAACAGUGGGAUCUGAGCUGCCGCAGCUUCAAUCAGGCCGGUUCAUGGCGUUGCCUUCGUCAAACUGCCAACAGCUGUUUUUGGACAUUGCAAGCUCUCUUAAAAAUGUUUGCUCAAAGCAUUACACUGGAUAAAAAUCAUGCUGUGAAUUUUGGAAAUAAAUGCAUCUAUAUAUUUGUUAAAUCAACUUUUCAAACAGGAAUAUCAGCCCGAUGAUUUCCUGUCCCCUCCAUCAGCAGGAUGCAUGGUGCUAUACUUCCUAAUACACAAGAUAUUUUUAGCUGUAGAGGCUAAAUUAGUCAGCGUUAAAACUAGUGCUCUCUGCUGCUAUCUUAGUUACAAACUGAGCUAGCAGAGCAUUUUUGUGUUUUUAUGUGCAGUGAAAUCACACUGCCAUGGUGGAUGGUGAUGACGUGAUGACUUCAUGCAGGAAUCAUUCGGCCUAGUGUUAACAUGAUAAAAAAGUGCAGAACUGUCCACCUCAUGGGGACACAUUUACUGUGAUGUAAAUUAAGGAAUAAAGUAGAGCUGAACGAUUUGCAAAAAUAAUCUAAUGGCGAUUUUUUUUCCCCCAAUAUUGCGAUUGCAAUUUAAUGUGAUUACAAUUACGUUCCUCAUCUCAUGUAUUUCUUAACAAAUUCAAGCAAUAAAUCAUCCUAUUUUAUAACCUAUAUUCAGUCAGGAACACUGUCAUCAUACAUUUAACCAUUUUAUUGUAAAAUGCAUAUUCAGUUUUACAUGCAGAGAAGGCUCUGCUCAAAAGAAGAUCCUUGGGUUUGACAAGCAGAUAUACUUCUGACAACGGAUACUGAAAACAAUAAAAUUGUUUUUGGAGCAUUUAAUCUUUAGUGGCAUUGUUUUAAGGGUGCAACAAGCUUUAAGCUUGAAAGGAGGCAGCUGGGGGGGAGGAAGCUGAGCUUUGCCAGCAGCAACAACAGCAGCGUGGUGCAUUGCCAUUAAUGCAAGCAGGGAUUAAUGAGAAGUACGUCAUAUUUAAAUGGGCCGUGUGUUGAGAGAAAGAGCUUUGAUUGGUUGAGGGUGCUGGGAGGCAAUAACUGGGAUCAGUUGGCUAUCAGCUGUGGCUGGGUAUAUGAUUUCUGUGAACUAAUAAAUAAAAUGAACUAGGGUAGAAUGAUUAAAAAAUAUCUGAUUGCAGUUAUUUUUGCUCAUACUGCAAAUUUGUUAUCAAUUGCUUUAUUGAAGGGGAUUAUCAUUUUUAUAUCUCUUGUUUUGAUUAAGAUAAAAGUACAUAAAACACAGAAAGGAGGAAUUUUUGUACACCAUUCAAAAAAAAACUGGCACUUGAAUGUUUGCAUAAUAUGCCUAAAAUCUCUGCUGCUGCAAAAAAUGAAUGUAUUGUAAUGUAUUAUAACUGGUAUUUUGACACCUUCUAAGUUAAAAAAAUAUUGCAAUUUCUGUGAUUUGUAAAUUGCAGUGGGCCAUAUUGGGAUUAAUUGCCCAGCCUUACAAUAAAGCAGUUUAAGUUGAGUGACUUAGAGAGCUGUUGCAGUGAAAAUGAUGCACUGUCUCUACCAGUUGCAGCGGUGUGAACCGGCAGGCUUUCAGAAUGUCGGGGAAGUAGUUUCAGCUCGUCUUAGGGAUGCAUGUUUUUUGCUAAUAUUGAUAUUUCCAAAUUCAUUUUAGCCAAUACUGGUAGCUGUUUUACAUUUUGGGUUUCAUUCUAAAUAUUCAAGACCCAUGGUGGGUCCCCUUGAGUGUGCAGCACCCAUGCAACCACCUAUAUCUAAUUGUACAGUCGAACAUUUCACUGAUAUUUAACACUGUUCUAUAAUUUAUACUGCAGGUAUGCAUGGCUGAUAUAUCAGCUGAUAAUAUCGGCAGAACUUUUCAUAUCUGCAGAUAAAAUCCUGUGAUGAUAAGACGCCUGACCAGUUGUGCAGGGGUGCCUGGAGAAGUGGGUAUGCCUUUUUUAUAUCUCCUACAUUUUUUAGCAGCCCAUCCAAUGAAGGCUAAUCACCCUGUGUUGUUUAAAAAUACAUGUUUAGAUCACCUACAAAUGGGCUUUUAGUAUUUUCACACUUUCUUUAAGGAAGUCUGGGUCGUUAUAUAGUAUAUUACAUAAAAUAUGCCAUUCUCUUGGGGUUGAUGCUUCACAAAGCAAUGCACAAGUGGACUCAGAUUACUUUGACUUGCCUUUGUCAUCCUAGAGAGGCAUUUUAAAGUAGGUUAACCCUGCACUACACCACUGUAAGACGAGAAUCAAACCCCUCUCAUCAUUGGCUUUGUACGGCUGUAAGACGUCCUGGGACAAAACUGAGAACGAGGUACGCCAUCGCCUCCUUGAUUGUUUUUUUGUUGGACGUCACAGCCGCGCCCUCAGAGGAGGUACUAUUAGAGUGUAAACUGCCAAGAAAACAAAGAACCUGGUACCAAAACCAAGUAGAGUCAAGCCAAUACCCCACAGGGAAUAAAGCUUUGUGUUUCCAACAAAUGUGCAGCCCAUUCAUCACUUUAGUCCUGAAUGGAUGAAAUCAAAAUAACUCACAUAUCUGAAUAAAAACGAGGCAUCGAUCACCGUGGAGGAGGAACUUCAGGAACUUUUUUUUAAUCUAACCACAUCGAAGUCACUUCAUGGGUAAAGAUCUACGACUUGUCAACAUCCAACAAUGUCAAGUUUCCGUUUUCAGGCAACAAGUGAAAGACCACCAACGUUUCUGUCCUGACCUGGAACUCUGGAGACCAACUGAGGGAUAACACUACUGCAGUCUGGGAGCUAAACCUGCACAGCCAUCGCUAAAACCAAACCAUCAGAACGACUAACUGAAGGGAUUAGAUUUGCUUUUUAACUCCCAUCAGCUCAACAAUAAAGUUUCAUUGACUGAUCUUUAAAUUAAAUAAUUUAUAGCAUAUAUUAAAAGUUAUAGAAUCCAACAUUUCAACUCUUCACAACACCGUCUACACAAACGUCUGCUUCUGAACAAAAACAAGGUGAGAGGGGAGAAGGGGGAUUCUGGUGUUUUGUAACCAGGGAUCUUUUUAAACUAUUACUGGUGUAGAAAUGCAAACAGCAUCAGUGAGCCAAGAACAUCCCCUAAAGUGCUUGUAAUACUGCCGACAGGCUGGGAUGAUUACUACUGAUUCAUUCCAGAAAUUAUUCAGACAAAGAUGCUUAUUUUAAUCAAAACCCACCUGAAACAUCAUAUUUAAAGCUGUCAGACAAAAACAGUCAUUUUAAUGCACCGAACAUGAGAGUUAGUUUUUACUGCUACCUCAGUCAGUCAAAUAUGUGCUAGUCUAAAACACUGAUACUCAAAGCAUGGCUCUAGAGCCACAUGUGGCUCUUUUGUGUCUAAAUUUAAAAUAUAAUUCCCCGGAAAACCAUAAAAAAGGGAAACUUUGACCUCAGAAUUAUCCAUUGCAAUUUUUUUCCCACACUUACAC